AUUAUCAAGCCGCCAACAGGUUGCCACGCAAUUCACCCUUAAGGGCAUCAAGCGGACUCACGCAAAAUAUUGCAAUCAGUGUCACUGAUAUAAGUUAGUGAGAUCAUAGAUGGAACACUGAAAUUUUCACUGCUCUUGAUCCACCAACUAGCACUUACUGUUUACUCUAAGUAUUCAUUGCUAUGCCGGACCAUGUAACAGGUGGGCUUGCAGGACUUCUUACUGCUGUUGUGAUCGGUGUUGCACUAAGAAGUUACCUCGCCAAACCGAAGCUGCCGCAUGGCGUUCGACUUCCACCAGGACCGACUUCACUUCCAAUUCUAGGCAGCGCACUGGCAAUCGACGUAAAUGCGCCUUGGGUUACCUACCAGGCAUGGGGCAGUCAAUACGGAGAUCUGGUUUAUACCAAGCUCUUUGGUCUGGACAACAUUGUUAUCAACUCUGAGAGAAUCGCAAGGGAUCUCCUUGAAAAUCGGUCGCAAAACUACUCUGACAGACCAGAAAUCGCAACCAAUGAAUUAUUUGGCGUUGACAACACUACCGCGUUCAUGCCAUACAAUAGCAGAUGGCGUCUUCAUCGGAAAAUUCUUCACCAGUCAUUCCGACAAGAUGUCGUACCCGAUUUUAGGCCUAUGCAAGUGGCAAAAACUCACGAACUUUUAUUGAACCUGCUGGAGGAUCCUUCGGGCUACUUGAAACAUCUUGAAGUGCACGCAGGUUCGAUAAUCAUGUCUGCCGUGUACUCAUAUGAUGCAGCACGGCGUAAUGACCAUAUGAUUGAGCGUGCGUCGUUGGCCCUCGAGGUCAUAUUGCAAGAGAUGAGACCAGAGGUAGCCGCGAUUUUCAGCGCUUUCCCCUCUCUGCUCCGCCUCCCGUCCUGGCUGCCUGGCAUGCGCCUCAAGAGGGCUGCUCCUUUCGCCAAGCAGUUAGCGCUGGAAAACUCAGAGAAACCAUUUGCGCACACGGAGCGUGGUUUGGCUACCGGAACUAUCUCUUCUUGCAUGGUCGCCGACCAUUUGCUGAAGCUCGAUGAAAGCGACGGCGAUUCGGCUUGGCAGAAGAAAGCACUACAGGAUUCUGCACAAACUGCGACUGCGGCUGGGACUGAGACGACAGCGGGUGUAGAAUUGAACUUUAUCCUUGCGAUGAUUCUCCACCCAGACAUACAAGAAAAAGCGCACAAACUUAUUGAGAGCGUGAUUGGCACAAAGAGACUGCCGACGUUCCAGGACCGUUCAUCCUUGCCCUACAUUGACGCCAUUUUGCGCGAGAUCCUUCGGUGGCGCCCAAUGUUCCCUCUAGCAAUCAUGCAUGCUGCCGUCGAAAGCGACGUGUAUGAGGGCUACUACAUCCCCAAAGGUGCUACGAUCACCCCGAAUGUUUGGGCGAUGUGCCACAACGAAGAGAAAUACCCAAACCCAUCUGAAUUCAAUCCUGACCGUUUCCUCAAUGCGGACGGUACUCUGACAGAUGAUACCGUCGAUGUCGUCUGGGGAUUUGGAAGAAGGAUAUGCCCUGGUCGACAUCUCGCUGAAGCAUCUGUAUGGUUUGCGAUAGUCCACUUGCUUGCGAUUUUCAAAUUUUCAAACGCCAAAGACGAGAGUGGUAAAAAAAUUGAGAUCAAGCCACGGUGGGAAGGAGGGGUUACGGUACGACCCGCGCCGUUCCCUUGUAGUAUCACUCCGCGGAGUGCAGGAAUGGAUAUCACAGCCUUGCAGCAUUUGAUCAAAUUAUCCGAUUAGUCGAUCACCCAGACAACCCAACUUACCAUGAUUGCACCGUCUCCCAUCUGCCACUAUGUCAGCAUUGUACAAAUCGCUUCGAAUCACAACAUCAUCUCACGAGUUAGGUGCAUGACUACUAUUGAUGAUAUGAUGGAUAUCAAGACGCUGGAAAUAUUGUAGUGCAUUCUUGUGGAAGAGGCCUCUCUGGCGCUCUUUCGUUCACGUCUUUACAGCACUUGCAUGGAAACUUUACCCUUGCAUCGUGUAUCGUACACUGCCUGACAACUUGAACAAAGCGAGUAAUUGUGUAUAUAGUGACACCGACAGCUUGCAACCCGUGAUAACGAGGACCCAGGGCAGGAACCCAUACAAAGAGUCGUCUAGGCGAGGACCUUGGCCCAUCUGCGUCU